UUUAUAGCCAAACAGUUGGUUUUGUACCUGGAGUGCACUGGGACAGAGGAAGGUCUAAUCUGGUGCAUUAAAUCCAGUGGAGGGCAGCAUUGCAUAAACAUGUCCCAUGAAACAUUAUACAUGAAAUGCAAUGUUGUUUUUGAUAUAUUAGCAUAACUAAUAUGCCUUUGGCUGCAUUGCAUUAUAAGUUCAUUGGCUCAAACCCUAUAGACACAUAUUGAUAAAAAUGUGUAAAGAUUAAAUGCACUGUAGUUACUGUAAGCAUCUACCAAAUGUGAAGAUUUUACAAAAAAAUACAAUACAAAAUGUAGAUACAGUGUAGAAUUUUAAGUAGGAGAGCUUUCUAACUUAGAGCAAAAUAAAAAAUAUUCCCUGUAAAAUUACAUGUUUUUCAUGUUUUCCUGCGAUUUUACUUUUAACCGUAUUUCAAAAAUAGACUGUACAAAAAUCCUGUAAAAAACAGAAUUUUCCUGGCAGCUAGGGCGACAAGAUAUUUUUCUUGUAGAUUUGCAGUUUUUUGUGAUUUGACUUUUUUUACCGUAUUUUCAAAAAUACAUACAAAAACCUGCACUUCUGUAAAAUUCUGUAAAAUUACAGGUUAUUUUACACUGUAGGCCUAUAAAUGACUAAUCAGCAGAACAGAUUGUUCCCUUGAAGUGUCUGAUCAAAAGAGUUUGUUAUAAACCUUCUGAAUAAACACUAAAAAGUUAAUUUAGGAAGCAAAAAAUUAUUCUGUAAGAUCUAGCUGCGUAUAAAUAAAAUAAUGGCAUUCAAAUACAAAACAUUUUGUGCAAAACAUUUUUAUCUGGAGCCAAUACUAUUUCAAAACACAAAGAAGUUGGUCAGUUUUAAAGUUUUUUUACUCAUUCCAGAUCUAUGGCGUAAAAUUCCCUCCAGAAAAUAGGAGAAUGAGUGGUCACUUUUAUGUUUACCAAAUCAGGCCCCAGAAUAUCAUAAAUAUGAGUUUUUGCUGUUGGUUGUAUUAGUUUUGUUUUCUCUCCUGUCCGUUGAUGUUUUGAAUUAUGAGACAAGGGCACAAGUGCAUUCAAUAACUGCUAGAGAUCGUUUAUUGGACAACAAACACCAUCUUAUUUUUAAUAACAUUUCAACCAGGCUUAUCUAGGCUAGGUGGUGGAUGAAGCAAACUGUUAUAAUUUCUGUUUUAUGCUCUGGAUUUGUUUGGUUAGAUUAAAGUGUUUGUAUGUUUUUCCCUUUAUAUUUAUUUUGUUGAAAUUAGGAUAUUUUGUUAUUUACUAUAUGUGCAUUACUGAAAAAAUUGAGACGUUUGAUUCAGAAAAUAAUUUUUGGCGAGGGAAUGUAUUAUUUACUCAAAGGAACAUUCAUUUGUGAAACAGGCCAUGAAGCUAGCCAACAACCACCCCAGACCAAGCCCCCCCCCCCCUCCAGACACAUACACAGACCCAUUCAAAGUCUUACAAACAUGCCAUCGUGGUGCAUUGUGUGAAUGUUUGCACACAUGCAAGCUUAUGUGUGUGAGUGCAUGUCUGUGCAUGUUUUUGUGUGUUGUUGUAUGUGUGUGUGUCAGCCAGGCAUAGCCCAACCUCGAGGAACUGCAAAACUGAGUUGUGGGACGUGCUGAGAGUGAACAAAUCAUGUUAAUUGUUCGGGGAAGACUAUGACCGUUAGACCCAAGAUGAAGGCAGAAAAGGAGGCUUUUUCUUGGGCAUCGGCCACUUUUGCAGCAUCACUCCUGUUGAUUCUUGUAGUUCUGAUUCACUCAGGAUGUGUUCAGGGGGUGAACAUUACCACUUUAGAGGCUCUGAUCAGAGGGACAGUGGGUGGAGAAGCUCUGCUUUCUGUCCGUUACUCAAGCACCAGCCUGGAUCCUCCUGUAAUCAAAUGGCAGCUCAAGAGGGACAAACCCAUUACAGUGGUCCAGUCCAUCGGCACUGAGAUCAUUGGUAAACUGCGACCAGAAUAUAGAGAUCGUAUCCUCGUGUUUGAGAAUGGCACACUGCUGCUCCAUAAUCUCCGGCUGUCUGAUGAGGGCACUUACGAAGUAGAGAUCUCCAUCACUGAUGACACCUUCACUGGAGAGGGAAGCAUCGAGCUGACGGUGGAUGAGCCAAUCUCUAAGCCAUACGUCCACAUGGCCUCCUCCACUGUUCUGGAGUUGACUGAGAAUUUCACCCUGAACUGCACCCAUGACACGGGUACUAAGACCACCUACAGCUGGACAAAAGGUGGGAAUCUGUUACAAAACGAGACACGCCUGAUCUUGUCACCUGACCAGAAAGUCCUGACCAUCGCACGAGUUCUGAUGGUAGAUGAUGACGUCUACAGCUGUAUGGUGGAAAACCCUAUAGGUAGCAUGAAAAGCCUACCAGUCAAACUUACAGUUUACAAAAGAAGCUCGCUUUAUAUCAUACUGUCUACAGUGGGCAUCUUCGUCCUUGUCACUCUUGUAACUGUGUGUGCCUGCUGGAAACCAUCAAAAAAGAAAUCAAAAAGACAGCGGUCCAAAACCAUGACACCAAGAGCCAUUUCACAAAACCACCACAUCCAGUAUCAUGAUGAAAAGCCAGAGGAUGAUGCCAUCCCAAUAAUGACUGAUCAUGAGCGGAGGAAUCCUGUAUCGCUCUACAUCUUAAAAGAGGAUUCUCCAACUGGUGAACCAACAUCAACAUGUGAAACAUGCACCUCCAACGGUAGCAGCCCCCCAAGCUACAGCAGCUCUGUUCCUCCUCCAUCCGACUCAUCCGAGCCACCGGCCCGCUCCUCUCGCAGAUACCCCCGCACCCCCUCUAAAUCCCCGCCGGCACACCGGCACCGGAGGAAGGGACACAGCCAGAGCCCACCCGCCCCCUCUCCUUCUCACAGCAGAGGGUCGAGUCGCUCUUCACCGGUGACCUCGUCUCGAGCGAGAAAGUCUGAGAAUCCACCCACCCCUGCACAAGAAACCAGAAGCUCUCCAAAAGCAGAUGCUGAUCAAGUCUGCUGAGCCUACAUGCUGCAGAGACAGAUAUUGACCUGCACUUUUGCAUUAAUGUUUGUAAAUAUGUAAAUACACAUUACGAGGGGUCCCAAACAAAACUUUUCAAAAUUGUUUUGUUUUUUAUGUUAAGACAUUUUUUAUUCAGAUGACCUUUGUGAAUGUAAUCUAACAUAGUAGGGUCUUGCUCUUAGAGAUGCCUGGGUACCAAAAUGUGAUUAUGCUGGCUUGACAAAACAAACAUGCUGUUAUUGCACAAACCCAGGCUAGAGUUCAUUUUCUAAAUCCGUAAGGCAACACCAAAAUAUUCAAACUGUUAUCUCUUCCUAGAGCUUUUAAACUACAACUCAUUCACUUCUUGAGUAUCAAGCAAACCUUUCAGUCUGCUCUUACUAAAAUUGGUACAGGAUUGUCCUUUCUAAAUAGUAAAUUCACCAUAGAAACCAAAUUAUACCCUGGCAACCACUUAGAACACCCUAGCAACAAGCCAGAACACCUUAGCAACUACCUAGAAUGGGAUCCCCCUUCAAACUUCAAAUUUCUUUUCAAGUUCUGUUAUACAAACUCUAUAGGACUUAUAUAACCUUCCGACUGUAAACUUCCAGACAAGGCUUUGUCAAGGCAACAAAAUGUGUUUUGAUGAAGUUCCUACUUCUAGUUUUAGUGAAUGUAAACAAAAAUAGAGCUAUUCUGUAUUGAAUGGUAAUAAAAAAAUGAAAUACCAAACC